AUGGUUGAAUGCACUUCACGGAAAAAUUUUUUGAUUAUUGGCGUAAUUUUCAUGACUUAUGGCGGACAACGUGGAAAUAUUGCGCUUGGGAGAGAAAAAUGGACAGAGCAAGAUGAAGCACGCAGGAUUCAGCAGGCGGAAGAAAUGGAAUAUGAAAUGGAACAACGAAGUCAGUCUGCUUCAGCUAAACUAUAUGAUAAUGCGCAGCAACAGAGUUAUUAUCACAAUCCAAUCACUGAGUCUUAUCCGCUUAACAAACGAACUUUAUCAGCCACUAAAAUGACCUUUUCACCUAAUAUCGCAUCCAAAAAUAAAGAAAGCAAUGAUUGGGUGAAAAAUUCAAAUUCAAAUCCAAAUUCAAAUAAUCCCAAAGACUUAUUACAACAGGGAAAAGUUGUUACCAAGGAAAUUUUUAUCCAGUUUAAGAUAUUGUCAGUGCAAAAAAACAAAGGACUGAAAAUUUUUGCAGUUGAGGACCAUUGGUGCUAUCACUGCGCCAGUCCACUAAGCACAGUUAGUGGAGGUAUGCGUCGUGCAAUCGAAAAGUUAUUACAAAUCCGUCGUACAGCUUAUCCAGCAAACGUGAGAAAUCCCCGCUGUUCCGAGCCGCGUAAUCUGACUGAUUUAGCAGUAGAACGUUGUCGUCAUCCAUAUUGUCAAACACUUAUUCUGACGGACCAUGGCACAGGUGCUGCAUUUGCUAUACGCGGUUGUGCGGAAACAUUUGGAGGAAUAAAUGAAGAUUUACUUAAAUCCCGAGGGGAUAACACUUGUUUGAGAUUGCACGAUCAAUUAGAUAUACAAGAAUGUAUCUGCAAAAGUCGUAGAUACUGUUAUCCAGGUGCUGAACGACAUUUUUUCGGUGCAUCAGCAUCAGCAUCAGCAUCAGAAGCAUUCAUUGCUUCUGCACCUAUUGAUAAAAUUGUUUUGCUUUUUAUUUACUAUAUAAUAAUUGCUAGUUUCAGUCCUAUUUCGUAG